AGCGAGGCCACCUUAAAUCACAUGCUGACAUAACAAGAACACUACUCUCCACCCAUAUCCGAGAAGAGUCUGUUAAGAGGUUCUCACCUUCCCGGCUGUGCUCUCAUUACCAAGAAAGACGCCGGUGUACUAGCAACACGCCGAGGCAUCUUUUAGGACACAGCUGCAGCUCCUCCUUAUUGGUCAGGAGGAUCGCGGUCUGGUGCGUAUAACAUAACGUCGCGCGCUGGACACACACGAUCCUGCCGAAGAAUUCACUGAGAAAAAAACCUUGUGGAUAUUUCAGUUGUCUGGAGAUUUAUCACUGUUUGGGUUUAUUUUACAUGCCAAAGCUGGGGGAACAGACUGGAACACAACACACUUUUGAGCGAAGCUUGAAAGUUUUCGCCAUAAUAAUUGGUUAUCGGAUGGACCAGCACCCCAGCGCCCGGAGCUGCACCAGUCGCGGGGCUUCGUCCUGCGAGGCCGUCCCGACUGAGCCCUCCAUGAAUCUGUACAUCCACUCCACCACCGGCACACGCUUCGAGCUCUCCCUGCCCCAGGAGGAGACCGUGGACGGACUGAAGAGGAGGCUGUCGCAGAGACUCAAAGUACCAAGAGAGAGACUCGCUCUGCUGCACAAAGAAACGCGACUAAGUUCAGGCAAACUCCAGGAUCUAGGCAUCUCUGAUGGGAGCAAGUUAACACUUGUACCAACAGUUGAAGCAGGAUUAAUGUCUCAAGCAUCAAGACCCGAACAGUCAGUAAUGCAAGCCUUGGAAAGUCUAACUGAAACUCAGGUCAGUGACUUCCUGUCCGGCCGCUCCCCCCUCACCCUGGCGCUGCGUGUCGGUGAUCACAUGAUGUUCGUCCAGCUGCAGUUGGCGGCGCAGCAGUCCGGCGCUCCCCAGCUCCAGCACAGGCACCUCAUCACCCGGGGCAACGCAGAGACCCCAUUGGGACAGCCCACGGGGCAGCCCCGUGUCCCCCACCCUCACCCUCAACCUCACCCGCACUCCCACCACCACCCCCAUCAUCCACACAGUCACCCGAGCCCCCACUUGUCCCAGCCUCACCUGGUCCCUUCCUCCCCCUCUCCCCCAGGCUCCCCUUCCUUCCCCCUGCCAACCACGCACCACCAGCCGCUCCCUCCCAUGUACCACCAGUCGCCCUCCUCCGCUCACUGUAGCCCCCCUACUCCUCCACCCCACUCCCCUCGCCCGUCCCACAUGCCUGGGGGGCUUUUCCGCUCUCCAGCCCAUCACCACCAUCACAACCACCACUACCACCAGCCUUCCUCAAGCCCACCCAGCCACGACAUCGGCCAGGCCAGCCCCGUAGCCCCGGUCCUCUGCCCUGAAGCUAACUGCAGCCCCAACAGCCCCAACAGUGGCAGCGGUCCCUCAACACGCUCCCGCAAACCUGGCGCCAUCAUCGAGAGCUUCGUCAACCACGCUCCCGGAGUCUUCUCAGGGACCUUUUCAGGCACUUUGCACCCUAACUGCCAGGACAGCACUGGGCGUCCCAGACGAGAUAUCGGUACCAUCCUGCAGAUCCUCAACGACCUCUUGAGCGCCACACGCCACUACCAGGGCAUGCCCCCCUCCCUCACCCAGCUCCGCUACCAGACCCAGUGUAGUUCACCCACCUCCCCGUCCCCGUCGCCGCCUCCUUCGCCCCAGGUUGCUGGCAUUGGCCUCUCUGCCAAAGCUACCUCUGUGCCCGCCAGCAGCCCUAGCAGCCCUGCGCCGACUCUUCAUCCGCUGGUGCAGUGCCAGAGUCAGAUCCGCAUGUGCAAACCCCCUGGUGACCGUGUUCGUCAGACCGAGAACCGCGCAACGCGCUGCAAGGUGGAGCGCCUGCAGCUGUUGAUGCAGCAGAAGCGUCUGCGCAGGAAGGCCAGACGGGACCAGCGCGCUCCCUAUCAGUGGCUGCCCAACCGGAAGGCCGGGCGCAGCAACAGCAACAGCAGCAUGUCCAGCGAGGGCUCCCUGGACCUGGACUUUGACGACUCUGUGUGGAAGCCCGACGUUAAGGCAGACUUGAAGUCUGAGUUCGUCAUGGCCUGAAAGCGCCUGAUCCCGCACGCUGGGGAAUAGAGUCAAAGAUGUGCAAAGCAUCGCUCGGGAUUUACUUAUAGAGAUAUAUAUUUGAGGGAGUGGAUUGGCAGGAGGUGACCCAGAACUGUGCAAAGGUGUCUUUUGUGCAAAGAGGAAAUCAAAGUUGUCCUUGUGGCUGGCAUCUGUCACAUUAAAAACAUAAAGCUCCCUGCAGACUUUAAAUCCCAUCCGGUCCUUCACAGUUGACCUUGUGGAAAAAUGGCAACAAUAGCAAGAGGACUUUCUUUUGAUGCUUGGAUUUGGACAGGCAACAACCAGACUUCACAGUGUACAAGAGUUUUAACGGUGCGGUUACAGAGGCCGUACCUGAACUUGAGCAUAGCAGAAUUAAAUUGGUGGUGGUGGUGGUGGUGGUGGUGGUGGUGGUGGUGUUUUCAGAUAUUUUGUUUUUUUUUCUAAAAUUCUUUUUAAAGGGCACUCUGGACAGCAAUGAAGAGAUCCACACUGGACUUAUUAACAGGACAGGAGCACCGGAGGCCUCAGUGUUUCCUAUUCACAAGAAUGGCACAACUGCCGAACUAUGGAUUAUUCCAACGGGCAUUCUUAUCGAUCUCAAAACUCACCAACCAGAAUCUAGUUUUUACCUGUUGCGGGGUGGUUAAACUUAUAUAUAUAUUCUUUUUUUUUUUCAUUUCUUUUUCUUUUUUUUUCAUUUUGAAACAUAUUAUUAUAUUUUCUAAACAAAAAAUAUGUAGCAUUGUUCACAAAGCAUUCAGGUUUUCAUAUAACAGUUCAAAGUAGUUGUUGAUUUGCACAUUUUCUUGAUUUGUAACAGCUGGUCAAAGUGUGCAAGAAGGAGGAGGUGGGGCCUGAAAUGGAAUAGAAAAUGAAUAUGGAAGUAUUGAUAUCAACCUCAGCGACAUUAGGGUAUCGAUAGGAACGAUUAACAAGUAAACAAAAUGAAUUAAUAUGAACAGAAAGUGCUUUAGAGGAUUUUAAAAUCUUUAAAAUGUAUAUGGGGGGAAAAAAACAAAUCUAUUUUUUAUCUCUCUUCCUAUCUGCUGUUUUCAAAAAACGGCAGCCCCCCCACAUCCUCCCCCUCACUGCGGCUGCAUUCAGGUCGUUGACUACCAACAAAUGCGUGCAUCCAUUCCCAAUCAUUCAUUAGCUCGUUCGUGAAUUCUAGUCGUCUAAGCCACAACAGAUGAUACGGAAAGAUAAAUUUCAUCCAGCCCACCUCAUGUCUUUCAGACCUGAAUGGGACUGGUGGAGGGUUUGUAUUAGUUUGUGUACAUAAAUGUGACAAUUGGCAAACGUUUAUAAGGGUGCGUGCAUGUUUUGACUUGAGCGUAAAUUGAUUUAGAAAUACCCCAUGUUUUUGUCCGAGUUGUUUUCUCCCAAAUAACCCCAUCGUUUCUUAAAAAUCAUGAAGAUCAGCUGCAAUGAAUGCAUGGGUCACUACUUAACAUCCCAACAGGAUAAAACAUAGAAAUUCUAAGUUGGUACUUCACCACAAGUCCUCAUAAUAAUUACGCUAUUUUUUAUUGGCAAAAGAGGGAGGAGUGGGAUCUGUAUCCAGCAUCAUUAUCUAGUGCCUCCACCCGUACAUCCGUUGACAUAUCAGGUUAGGCCUUUCACAGUUUUGCUGCUACACAUGGGCACUUCAAAUGGGGGGUGGGAAAAAAAUAAAAUAAAAAAUAGUGACUUUUUCUUUGCAUGCAGAAGUGUGAAUUACACUGAUCUUUUUUCUAUUGAUGGAAGAAAAAAAUAAAUAAGAAACUGGUGCUGUGGGAAUGAAGGUUACCAACAUGCAUGAAUUUGUGAAGAAAAUAAACAAUGCUGCUUUUGUUGGUUAGGUUUUUUUGUAAUUUUUUGAAUUUUUUUUUCAAACGUUAGAACAACGGUGUCCUGCUAAAGUAUUACGACGCAGAGCCAAAACAGAUGAAGUUAAGUGUGGACUCGCGUCUUGCUCAGCACUGAACAUUCCUGUUGUGUGACAAUGAAGAUGAUGGUGGGCAAAGAGCAAGUGACUCUCUCUCUCUCUCUCUCUCUCUCUCUCUCUCUCUCUCUCCCCCCCGAGCGCUGGUUUUACGCCCCCCCCCCAUCCCCUUGUGACUCUGAAGGACCCAGACAGCCCUCCUUUAGCCACCUCCCCUCCUCCCAGCCUGAACGCCAACCCAGGCUCGUGUGGACAAACUCUGGCAGGGAACUAACAGACCAGCGGAUUACAGUACUGUCCGUCAAGCGUCUGGUGUGUCUCUUUAUCUGUCUGUCUGUCUGACCAAUCGACCACCCUACUACCACAAUUGCACUCCCAGAGAUUGCAGUGAGAGAUUACCUUUUUUUGGUGAACCUCAUCCUUUUUUUUUUUUUUUUUUUUUUUUUAAGUGGCCUUACCUUUCACUAAAAAAAAAAAAAAAAUUAGACACUUGUGGACAGACUGUUUUUUUCUUUUUUGGGGAUUUUUGAAACUUUCUGUGUGCAUCGUUGUCGGACUUGUUGUCAUCAAGGCGCCAUUUUUUGUCACUGAGGACACUGGGCAUCUGUUGUUUAGUGCUUUUAGCUGGUGGAGUCUCUAUUAUGUCAAGGCUUCUGUGCCUUAAAAAUGUUGCCCUUGCUGUGUCAGUGUAAGAUUUAAGCUUGUUUUCAUUGGUCGAUACACAGGACUGUAGUACUCGCAGCCAUGAGAGUCGUAGAUUUUAGGGGUGAAGCUUGUUUGAGUGAAUCCGAUACUAUUCAAAAAGUUAGUGUUGUGCCUCAAACACUGUCUUUGUCCCAUUUCUUCGUUGUGUUGCCAUGCUUGUUGGUCUCCGUUGUCCGCACCUCACGUCCCUUUUUUUUUAAA